AUGCAAACCCCAGCAUCAAGCAUCCACAGCCAAAGCCAGACAACCAACUUCCUUGAAGAGACUGGGAGUCAGGUGAAGAACAUGGCUUAUGGGGCGGCUGAAGUUGGCAAGGGAGCCGCACAAGGGGCCAUCAACCUCGCCCGUGGAGCGGCGGACGCCGUGAAGAAUAGCAUAGGCAUCAAUAACAAUAACAAUGACGCCACCAUCCCUACAACCAUUCCACGGGGCGCCGCCACCUCUAACACUGCUACAAUCCCAAAUCUUAUGGAUACCAAUAACAUUGAUUUGGAGGGAUUGUCUUAUCCAACCAACACUAUGUCCAAUCCCAAUUACCACCACAAUGAAUCACACUAA